AUGCAAGAGUUUUCAAUCGAUGAACAAGAAGAAGAGAAAAUGUUACAACAUAAUUCUCCAACAUUAUCUAGUAAUGAUGAUUUAAAAGAACUAUGUCUUUUACUUGAUGCUGAACGUAAUAAAAUGCAUGAGUUAGCUGAACAAUGGAAACUAUUUGGUACAAGUACAAUACAUAAACUUGAAUGUCAAAUAAUUGAUUAUCAAGAAAAAUUAAAUGAACUUGAACAAAGACAAAUAUUACUCUUAAAAGAAAAUGAAUCACUUAAAUCUUAUAUUAAUCAAAUGAUGAUAACAACAAAUUCAAAUGAAAACUCUUUAAAAGAUAAAAAAAUUCAACAAAAUUCUUCAACUCAAACACAUUUUGAGAAACAUGAAUCAUCACAUCAUUUAUGUUUUCAUCGACCUAAACCAAUUUAUGAUCGUUUAUCACGAACAACAACAACAACAACAGCAGCAACAGUUCAACCAAAAAUUUCAAUUAAUAAAUUAACACGUCAAAUGUCAAUUGAUGAUCCACUACAACAACAAAUUUCUAUUCAAAAUAUGUUUGAUGCAAUUAAAACAGCUGAAGUUUAUGAAUCAAUUGAAGAUAUGAUUGGAGAUCAUGAUGAAUCAGAAAAAAAAUUACUCAAAGAAUUUUGUAAUGUAAGUUUAAAGUGUAUUUAA